GUGUAAGACACGGAACAAAAAUACCGUUGAACCGGUCCGUCCUUUAAACCUUCCCCCCAUACGUCACACGUGUAAACGAUAGACGUUUACUUAAAUUAACAAAUAUGCCUAAAGGGAGAAAACCAAAGGGGCCGGUGGAGAAAAAGGUUAUUCACCCAUACAGCAGGAAAGCCGCCUAUCUGGCCAGAGAUGCCAUCAAACAAGAGAGGAAAGAAAAGUUAAAAUGUGAAAAGGCCCAGCGUUUAAAUUUAGUUGGUGAAAAACUGUUGUGGUUCCAAAACCAGCUGAACCCUGACAAGCCAGAAUACACCAGACAAGAUGCUUGUGAAAUAACUGAGAGGUAUCUUCAGCGGUUUGAUGGGGAACUGGAGCAGAUCGAGCUGGCGAACAGCAUCAAAGGCCGCCAGGGUCGCCAGCACAGCUCUAGAGAGGCCAUCAUCAAGCAAACCAUAGAGCGAGAGAGAGCUCAGUAUGAAGGCAAUGGCUUUGAAAUUCCUGACAUCAUCAAUGCUAAGCAUCUGAAGAUAUUCAGAGAAUGGAACGGUGACCUUAAGAAACUGCCCUGCAUUAAGAUGAGAAAGCUUUCAGCCAAAGGCUCCGACAGCAAACCGUCUACAGUUUCACAAGAUACACACAUGGAGGAAGAGAACGAGGAAGAUAAAUCUCUGGACUCUGAUUCUGACCUGUGAGAUCUACUGCAGUACACAGUAGAGGAAUAGACUUCAUGCUGAGUGUAAGGACAGAAAGAGCCAGACAUUGCUCGAUGUUUUAUACUACUGGUGUUUUUUUUUUAACCAGACUCUUGCAGAAACAUUUUGUCGUGAGGAGAAAACUUAGUCCUUCAAGUACCACAGGGCUAUCAACACACAAAUAAACAGAGACUUUGAAAUGGGUUAAUACUGAACAUUCAUGGAGUUUAUUGCACUGGCUGAUUUUUGCAAGUUUUUUAUAUUGUGCAUCUGAGUUGUGAAAACUGACAUUGAUCGAAUCUCACUUAAUUAUGACACAUUUUUAAAACUGGAUUUAAUAUGUCAAAUCAUCAUUGCAGAAAAUCACAUAAUACAAAAAAUGUAAAAUCAGCUGAAUUCUUUCCGAAUAUCGCAUAGUAAAACAUGAUCCUCUUCAAACCUUAAUAUUAAAAGAUCUCUUUCAUGUCAAUAAAUAAACAAACAAUGUUCUCAUUCAAACCCUUCAACACAUAGCUUCUCAAUUACUGCAUAUUUAAAAAAUCAAAAUUACAUUAAAAUUAAUAAUAGUGCUAAAUUCUUUAAUUUUACUUUUACUGAGGAAAAACAAAGCCUGGUUACCAUAGUUAUCAAUUUGUUUAGCUAUUUUUAGAUGAAAUCUUUUUUUGUUUGUUUUACUUUUUAUUUUUUGACAUUGAAAUAUAUUUUUAUUUAUCAGUGUCCUUUUUAUACACUAAGAAUUUAUAUGCAAAAGCCUCUAAGCGCCAAUCUGAAAUCUUAUAAAAAAUGUGCAUGCAAAAGCCUCCUCAAAUUUUUCUUAUAAAGAAUUUUUUUUCUCAUAAAUUUAUUAGAAAUGUUUCUUAGCCUCCUGUGUUUAUGUUCAGUUAUUUCACUUGAAGGCAGUCAAAAGAACAAUAAAAGUGAAAUGAUUAAACCUAGACACUGGAUAAAAAUGCUCAUUUUAGAAUAACAUUUCAGAUGGCACUUACUGCGGUAAAAACAGUAAAUUAUUAAUUAUUUAUUUAAACAGUAAAAAAAAACAGAAAAUUAGGAUAAUUACAUGUAACGCACCCUAAACCAAAUCACAUUUUUAUCUUUAAAUCUUUACUAAGUAUAUGUAAUUAAUUAAUUAAUAUUACACAAUACUUAAUUGUAUUACAAAGUAUCAAAGACAUCUUAAAAUAAAAUGCAACAAAUGAUACUGCUUAUUUUGAUCAAAUGGCUGCAGUAAAAUACAGAUAGGUUUCAGCUUUUUGGGGAAAAAAACCCUGACAGCAUGCUUUCUGUAAUAGCCAUAUCUAUCUGAAAUGCAUUUUCACCCAUAGAAAUGAAAACUACAGUAACCAGGCAGGGUAUGAACUGAUGGUGCCUCCUUUACCAAAUUCAAACCAACUUUAAAACUAUAAACAAAACAA